CCGGCUCACUGCGGGUAGCUGGGACCGUUAGCUCGCCAGGCCGGCCAGCUGCGGGGCCCAGCUCUGCCGCCGGCCGGGAUGGAGACGAUGCGGGCGCAGCGGCUGCAGCCCGGCGUAGGUGCCGGCGGGAGAGGCACUCUGCGAGCGCUGCGGCCGGGGGUGACCGGCGCCCCGCCGAGCGCCGCCACACCCCCCGCGGGCCCGCCGCCCGCCCCGCCGCCCCCCGCCCCGCCCCCGCCGCCGUUGCUGCUGGCUGGGGCCCCCGGGCUGCCCCUGCCCCCCGGCGCCUCGGGGAGCCCUGCCGUGCUGCGCGAGGCCGUGGAGGCGGUGGUGAGGAGCUUCGCCAAGCACACGCAGGGCUACGGCCGAGUGAACGUGGUGGAGGCUCUGCAGGAGUUCUGGCAGAUGAAGCAGUCCCGGGGCGCCGACCUGAAGAAUGGGGCUCUGGUGGUCUACGAGAUGGUCCCUUCCAACAGCCCUCCCUACGUCUGCUACGUCACUCUGCCAGGGGGAAGUUGUUUUGGGAGUUUCCAGUUUUGCCCCACAAAAGCUGAGGCCCGGCGAAGUGCUGCGAAGAUUGCGCUAAUGAACUCCGUGUUUAACGAACAUCCAUCCCGAAGAAUUACUGAUGAGUUCAUUGAGAAGAGUGUCUCAGAGGCCCUGGCAUCUUUCAAUGGUAACAGAGAGGAAGCAGACAACCCAAACACAGGGAUUGGUGCGUUCCGAUUCAUGCUGGAAUCUAAUAAGGGCAAGUCAAUGCUGGAGUUCCAGGAGCUAAUGACAGUUUUUCAGCUGCUGCACUGGAAUGGCAGCCUUAAGGCCAUGAGGGAAAGACAGUGCUCUCGACAGGAGGUGUUGGCUCAUUAUUCACACCGGGCCCUGGAUGAUGAUAUUCGCCACCAGAUGGCUCUGGACUGGGUGAGCCGGGAGCAGAGUGUGCCGGGGGCACUGUCUAGGGAGUUGGCCUCCACUGAACGGGAGCUGGAUGAAGCCCGGCUGGCGGGCAAGGAGCUGCGCUUCCACAAGGAGAAGAAAGACAUUCUCAUGCUGGCUGCGGGGCAGCUGGGCAAUAUGCACUCCUCCAGCUGCUGAGCAUCUGCUGCCCUCUAUUGCCAUGCUCUUCAGUCCUUUUUUGUAUGUCUCCUUUCUAAGGCGUAGGAUGAUUUCUGUAUAUACUUUCUCAAUUUUAUACUUUAAAAUAUAGAGAGAUAUAUAUGUAUAAAUUCUAUACCUGGAUUCCUAUUUGCUGAGAUCCCUUUUCUAACUUCCAGUUUGGGGAUGUAGUUACCUUUGCAGUAUCACUGUUUCAUUUUAGAGCUUUGUUGACUUUUCAACCUUCAAAUUAAGGAUGUAAUUCAUUUCAGUAGUACAGUACAAUUUACUAAGCGUU